AUUUGUUUACAUGUUUUAAUGGAGGCGAGUGUGUCUACAGAGAGCUGUGCGACUGCAGUCGAUUUAAUGCAACUGGGCCAAGAUGUCAGACAGUGUAUAAUACAGGUGCUGAAAGAGAUCAUAUAUGCAGAACAUGGGGUCAAUAUAAUUUUGAAACUUUCGAUGGACUGUAUUACUAUUUUUCUGGGAAAUCCACAUAUGCGCUUGUGAGACAUGCUGAAUUAGAUGAACAGAGUUUUUCCAUACAGGUGAAUAAUGAUCCUGAGUGCCAUUCUUCUCCUUACUCCUGCAAAAGAUCCAUUAGUUUAUUCUUUUCUGGAGAUGAACAGAUAAAGAUGAGCAGUGAAGUCACCUACAAAGGAUUUGGAGUACAGUUGCCUUAUAUUAUUGGGAGCUUACACAUCCAGAAGCUGGCUGGGUACUUCCUAGUCAGGCACCAGUACGCCUUUACUCUGGCUUGGGAUGGUGCAUCUGCAGCGUAUAUCAAAAUGGCACCACAGUACCUGGGGAAAACACAUGGACUGUGUGGAAACAAUAAUGCUAUCCUGCAGGAUGAUCUUGAAACGAGUUAUGGAAAACUGACAGAUGAUGUAGCAGAAUUUGUAGAGAGUUGGCAGGAAAAUCCUCCACAAGGAACACCCAAUUGGGAUAAAUCUCUUCUCAAUGAACCACCUUGUCUGACACAAAGCCAUGAAUCUCUGCAGAGGGCAUACUCUCUGUGUAAUAUCCUGUUAUAUCCGCCGUUUGAACAAUGUCAUGAGUAUGUGAGUCCUCUUCCUUUUAUGGCGAGCUGCACCAAUGAUCUUUGCAUGUCAGCAGUUGAUAAUGCAACUUGGUGUCGAGCGUUAACUGAAUAUGCCAGAGCAUGUGCCCAGGCGGGAAAGCCACUUCAUGGAUGGCGAAGGCACUUUCAGCAGUGUGUGAUUACCUGUGCUGAACCCUUGACCUAUAACGAAUGCAUCAACUGUUGCCCUGUUUCAUGUCAUCAGCAGUCACAGUGUAUUGACAGCGAGCUUCCCUGCAUUGAUGGAUGCUACUGUCCAGAUGGCUUAAUUUAUGAAAACGAAUUAUGUGUCAAGCCUAUGGACUGUCCUUGUGACUACCAUGGGAGCUUCUUAGAAAUGGGCUCGGUGGUUUAUGAAGAGUGUAAUAACUGCACUUGCCUUGGAGGAAAGUGGAUUUGUACAAAUCUUACAUGUCCAGCUGAAUGCUCAGUUUCGGGAGACAUUCAUUUCAUGACCUUCGAUGGGCGCAGAUACACUUUCCAAGCAACCUGCCAAUAUAUUCUAGCAAAAAGCCGUACAUCUGGAGCGUUUACUGUAUCUUUGCAAAAUGCUCCUUGUGGACAGAACCAGGAUGGAUCAUGUAUCCAAUCAAUCAGCCUUAUUCUUAAGCAGGACCCCAAGAGGCAAGUGACUCUGACUCAUUCAGGAGAUGUUUUGGUGUAUGACCAAUACAAAAUUAACCUGCCUUAUGCUGAUGAGUUAUUUGAAAUACGGAAACUCUCCUCUGUAUUUCUUCAAGUAAAGACACACAUUGGAUUAAAGAUACUGUAUGACAGAGAAGGACUGAGGCUUUAUCUCCAAGCUGAUGGACGAUGGAAAGAUGAUACUGUGGGCCUUUGUGGAACCUUCAAUGGAAAUACGGAGGAUGAUUUUUUAUCUCCUGUUGGAGUAACGGAGAGCACUCCAGAGCUGUUUGGAAACACGUGGAAAACUUCCUCAGCAUGUGUUCUUGUGCGUGAUAGUUCACAAAUGGAUCCGUGUGAUGUUCAUCUGCAGGCAGCCUCUUAUGCAGCGGAAGCUUGUAGCAUCCUCACGAAAGAGCUUUUUGCUCCAUGCUACCCCUAUUUGAGUCCCGUUCCCUAUUUUGAGCAGUGCAGAAGAGACACUUGCAAAUGUGGACAGACUUGUUUUUGCUCUGCUCUGGCCCAUUAUGCUCAUCAUUGCCGAAGAUUUGGAGUUGUAAUAGAUUUCAGAGGAGGUGUCCCAGACUGUGGUCUUUCAUGUGAAGAUACAAAGGAGUACAGUACCUGUGUGUCUGGCUGUGGCAGAACCUGCCAAGCACUGUCUGUGCCACAGACAUGCAGCAGUGAGUGUGUUGAAGGCUGCGCUUGUCCCUCUGGAAUGUAUUUGAAUUCCAAGACUGAACGAUGUGUACGGAGAAGUGAAUGCCCUUGUUAUUUUCAAGGAAUUGACUAUCCCCCUGGAGAAACUAUUACCUCUUUGGGCAAAUGCCAUUGCAGGGAUGGGGUGAUGAAUUGUGAUAACAACGUAAUAGCACACAGCUGCCCGGUUGGACAGAUUUAUAUUAAUUGCAGUAAUCCACAAGUUGAUCCUGAGCUCAGCAGAGAAAGAACUUGUGAGAAUCAGCUGCUAAACCUCACUUUUUCAGCACACCUUCCCUGCGUUUCAGGUUGUGUCUGCCCACCAGGUCUUGUUAAACAUGGGGAUGUGUGUUUGGAUGCAGAUGAAUGUCCAUGUUCGUGGAAAGGAAAGGAAUACUUUCCUGGUGAUAAAGUAAUUUCUUCCUGUCAUAAAUGCGUUUGCCAGCACGGAUCGUUUCAGUGCACCUUCCGGCCUUGCCCGUCCAUGUGCACUGCCUACGGGGACCGGCAUUACAGAACGCUCGAUGGACUGACGUUUGACUUUGUUGGAACUUGUAAGGUUUACCUAGUUAAGGGUACUUCAACUACUUUUUCUGUUAUUAUAGAGAAUAUUGACUGCUUUAAUACUGGAAUCAUUUGUAGAAAAAAUAUUUUCAUUAAUGUUGGAAAAUCUUUGGUAAUAUUUGAUGACGAAACAGGAAUUCCAAGCUUAUCUAGUUAUGUAGACGAACUACAGAAAAUACAGUUAUGGAAAGCUGGAUUUUUCACUGUCAUUCAUUUUCCUGAUGAGCACAUUACCAUUCUUUGGGAUCAGAGAACAACAGUUCAUGUACAGAUGGGUCAUCAGUGGCAGGGUAAAUUGGCUGGACUAUGUGGAAAUUUUGAUUUGAAGACAGUAAAUGAAUUGAGGACUCCAGAUAAUUUUGAAUUAACAAACUCACAAGAGUUUGGAAACAGCUGGACAGCUGUGGAGUGUGUUGACAGCUCUGACAUUCGAAAUCCAUGCAGUUUGAAUCCCCUUAGAGAGCCAUUUGCCAAGAAGGAAUGUGGAAUUCUGUUAAGUGAAGCAUUUGAAGCUUGCCAUCCAGUGAUUGAUGUCACCUGGUUUUACUCAAACUGCUUGUCAGAUACGUGUGGCUGUAACCAAGGAGGUGACUGUGAGUGUUUCUGUACAAGUGUAUCAGCGUAUGCACACCAGUGCUGCCAGCAUGGAGUUGCUGUGGACUGGAGGUCCCCGAGAGUGUGUCCUUAUGAUUGCGAGUAUUUCAACAAAGCUCUGGGAAAGGGCCCGUACAAACUGGUCAGCUAUUUGGAUGGAGGAUUUGUACUGGCAGUGAAACUGGUAGAUGGUGUUCUUUUCCCAGCGAGAGAAGAUGAUGUUGUUCCUGGACAUGCAGUGAGCUUUAUGCUGACCUCAGGACUUUAUAAACCCAAAGCACAUGAUUCCAACUUGAUUUCAUUUGAAACAGCUGAGAGACCAAACUAUUUUCUUCAAUUGGUCUCCAAUAAUACUCUUGUUCUUUCUAAAUGGAAAAAAAGUGAAGAAUUUCACAACAGAUCCACCUUUGUUAUUCACAAGAAUACGUGGCUUUCAGGAUACAGUUCCUUUGAGUCAUUUGCAAAACCAGGAUACUUCAUCCAUGCUUCACCCUCUUCAGUUGAGCUUUUGAAGUAUCAUCAUUCUGAGGAGUUUCGACUGUCAACCCUUUUUAAACUUGUAGACGUCAAAUUUAAAUUUCUGUCCCGUUCUACAUGUGAAUGGCGUUACGAUGCCUGUACAAGUCCUUGUUUCAAGACAUGCAGGGACCCUUUGGGAAAAAACUGUCAAGGAGUACCGAAAGUGGAAGGAUGCUUUCCUGCCUGUCCUCUCAAUAUGCUGCUGGAUGAAAUCACUCAAAGAUGCGUGUAUUUUGAAGACUGCAUUGAACCUGCAGGUGAUAGUCUGCCUUUGCCACUCAGCACUCUGACACCAGCAGUUUCACACAUGACAUCAAGUACAAGUUUGGCAGUGAUCGGUGAAGCAGUAACUGCCUUUCCUGUACAUGAAGCCAAAGACAUGGAAACAUCUGCUUCAAAAUUGCAACUCACUGCAACUACAGAGAAAACUGAAUUUAGUAAUGCAACCCUUCCAACCAUAACUUUAUCAUCAAGUGUUUCUUCACAGUCAACAGAAAUGUCACUUGGGAGAAGCACUACAGCUGUGUCCCGGACAACAAAAUCUAAUGUCAGCUUCUCUUCUCCUGUUGACGUUUCUCCGUUGUUUCCAUCUACUGUCAGUUCAGAAACUUCCACCAAGAUACAACGGAUAAGUGGUGGUUCCACUAAGCUAUUGAGGGCUACAGAACCUCCAACUGUAACUGCUACACAUGCAGUGACUACAAGCAUGGAACUGGAAAGCAAACCAAUUGCUACUUCUGUUUUUACUGGAACGCCACUUGUAUUUAGUGCAACAGAAAUACCAGUCAAAACUAAAAUAAUGGAAAUAUCAGAAACAGCUGCAAGAACCCUUCCCACAAAAGAAGCACAAGUAAAACCAGAAAGACUUUCAAUGUUUACACCCAGUCCAUUUGAAUCAAUAACAGAAAAAACUACUGUGCAUCUGCCCCAGUUUUCCACAUCACUUCUGAGCAUGCCUUCAUAUACAUCACCAGUAAACCUAACAGCAAGUUCAGAAAGGUCAAAAAUAAGCAUAGGACAGUCUUCUACCACAGUAACUAAUGUUACAGUAACAUCAUUUUCUACUGUGGCCACUACUUUGUUAAAACCAGCAACAACAGAUGCAGCGAUUGUUUUAACUGAGCAAAGCGUAAAGACUAUGUUUUCCCCAACAUCCUCACCACCUGUUUCAUUAGGAAAAGCAGCUACAGAAGCUCCCCUUGAAAUGGUUCAGCACCUGACAGGCACUGCAGAGGUACCUUUCACUACAUCUCUAGGUCCAAAGACAACUCUGCAAACUCAAGAGAGGUCAUCAGAAACAACUUCAUUAUCAUUUACAACUCAAAAAAUGAAAACUUCCAAAACAGCCUCUCAUGUGUCAAGUUCCUAUUUCCCUCCAUAUUCACUACGUUCUAGUUCUACAGCUAAAGAAUCUGUCACUCUUUCUACAAGAAGACCUUCAAUCUCUGUUCCUACUCCUGCUUCUCCAGCUUCAGCUGAAUUAAAAAAAACGUUUAAAACUGUUUCAACUACAGAAUAUCCCUCGUACACAGUUCUAAACACAACAGACUUUCUGACUACAUUAUACGCUAAAUACCCUGUUGUGGCUCAGACGGGCAGAGUGACACCUUUGUCUGUUGAGGUACCAUCCCAUUUUGAAUUAGCAGCAAAGUCAACGUUGUUUUCUGGAAAAGCAGGUACUGAGUACAAGUCACCUCUGGUUUCAAGUGCAGUGAAGACAAGCACCUUGGCAUAUUCAGGUAGUGUUAGCACAUCAGCAAUGAAAACCUCUGUCCUGUCAAAAGAAACCACCACAGUUCCUUUUGUAGCUACAGAGGGUGAGUCAGCUCAAAGAACAUCUGUCCCUGGAUCUCCUCUUGCUGUUCUUAGUGCAACUGAAACCACAUUGUUAACAACACAGCCUGAUAAAUCACAAGUGGAAGGAAUUACUAGAAUCUCUACUAGGAAGUCGUCUGCUUUCUCUUUUUCACCAUCAAGUUCUCUCCUCACUUGGAACAUUUCUCUUCCUUCACUACCCUCCUAUGGAAAAGAAGCACCACUGACAGCUUUUAGUCCUGUGCAUACAUCUCAUAAAACAAUUUCUUUGUUUCCACUAACAAAGUCUUUUUACACUUUCUCCACCUCUCAUUAUCUAGCAGAUAAAUCAAUUUCUUCACCUUCUUUAGUGCAAAGGGUACUGGAACUAACAACCACACCAAAAUAUCCAGUAGAAAGUAAAAUAGUUUCUACAGCAAUGAAAUCUACAGUCCAAAGUAUAACAGAAACAUUAAAACUUACAGCUACUACAGCUCAGCCGUCCUUUCCUGCUUCAGGAGAUAAACUUCCAGUACAGACUGAAAAGACUGUGGUAAUACCACAUUUUUCUACUCGGGAGGCUUUGGAACUUGGUCAUCAGACUUCUGAGCCUCCGUUGACAAGCCAAAGCAUUACCCCAAUUUACCAGUAUCCUACAGAAACUCUAACAAAAUCCACUGGUCAGCUCCAAGAUGUCUUUAGCACAACUGAAGCUACGGUAGAAUCGGCUUCCUCCUACCCCUUAAUCACCUCAUUACCUGAAGCUGCAUCAUUGCUCAGUACUACUGAAACUUCAAAACUUGAACUAUCAUCUGAGGGGCAGACACCUUCUGUGAGUUCACUGCUCAUGGUAUCUGACCAUUCGAAUGACACAACAGCUUCAUCUGUUUCUUCAUUUGCCUAUUUAUCAACCAAACCACUUCGCAGUUUGACUACAAGGUUUUCUGAUGGGCUGGCAACAACUGAAUCUGUGUUGGGAGUCACAGCAUCAGCUUUUAUGCUGCCUACAGAAACAACAACUCUUCAAACUUGCAUACCAAUCACAGAGAAUGACUGCAUAAAAUACAUUUGCUUGGAUGGACAACUGAUCCAAGUUAAUAAGUCGCAGAACUGCCCAUACAAUGCAACUCAGCCCAGCUGUGGAGUUUUAGGAUUUGCUACUCAAAUGAACGGUGACAAAUGCUGCCCGAAGUGGGAAUGUGCAUGUCGUUGCACAAUUUUCUCUGAUCUGAGCGUUAUAACCUAUGAUGGAAAUCAUUUGGCUUUAUUCAAAGAAGCAUCCUACAUUGUCAGUCAAACUCAAGACGAAACUAUAACCAUCCACGUCCUUGACUGCAGAAUGAUUAAUUCAAAUUCAACUUCUCUGUGCCUGGCAAUGUUGAAUCUAACCUAUGCAUCAAACCAAAUUCUUAUCAAUCGUUUAAGUAGAAAAAUAACAGUAAAUUCAAGAUUUGCUUGGCCUACUGUUAGAAAAUAUGGAUACAAAGUUGAGGAUUCGGGCUUCAAGUAUGCAGUUGAGACCCCAACAAAAAUCACAAUUCAGUGGUUUCACAACACGGGUGUGAUGGUUAUUGAGUUUAAUAGUACCAGAGAACCAAGAGCUUUGGGACUAUGUGGUUUUUGUGAUAGAAGCUUGGAAAAUGACCUGAUGCUACCCAACAGGACAGUUUUAAGCAAAAGCAAUGCACUGUCAACUUUUAUAGACAGCUGGCAAGUGCCAGACACGUUAAAGUAUGUUGGAGAAGACAGGCAUCAGGAAACUAAUUGCUCAGUCAUGGACUGCUCCGAGUGCUUAAGAAUGGUGUUGAACCAGACCUUCAGCAGCUGUCAUCCUUAUGUCCCACCUGAGCUGUUCUGUGAUAUAUGGGCUCAAGACACUGAGUACAUUCAAAAUCCGUGCGUUUCACUAGCUGCCUAUGUGGCCAUGUGCAACAAAUUUAAUAUUUGUAUAGAGUGGAGGAGCUCUGACUACUGCCCCUUCCCCUGCCCUGAGAACUUCUCCUACCAGGCUUGUAUUGCUGCCUGUGAGGUUCCAGAUAAUUGUCAGAGUAAUGAGGUCGCUUCUCUGGACUCAGACUCCUGCUCAGUGUUGACAGAAGGCUGCAUCUGUGCUGGAGGGACCAUCCUUCACCGAGCUCACACUGCUGUCUGUAUUCCUGAAGAAAAAUGUGCUUGUACGGACAGCUCAGGAGCACCCCGUGCAGUAGGCGAGAUCUGGAAAACUUCUGUGAGCGGAUGCUGUAUGCAAACGUGUGUUGACAGUGACACCAUUCUUCCGGUGGAAUACAACUGCUCAGAGAGCCACCACUUAGACUGUCAGCGAUUUGGAGAAGUGGCCUUGCUCGUUCCUGGUGAUCACACAUGUUGUCCUCAAAAUAUCUGUAUUUGUAAUCAGAGCCUCUGUGAACCCCUAAUUCCUGAAUGCAAUGGCUUGGAAAAGCUGGUUACUUACUACAGUGAAGAAUCUUGUUGUCCCAGCUAUGUUUGCGAAUGUGAUCCAGCAAAAUGUGAACCAGUGGAGCAGAUGCCAAGCUGUCGAGAUGAUCAAACACUUAUUGCUGCUCGAGUUGAGAGUACCUGCUGCAUUUCCUAUAUAUGUGCAUGUGAGGGUUGCUCUGAUCAAAUACCCAAAUGUCAAGAAGGAGAAGUUCUUAUUGUGGAUGGUAAUACUACAGAAAAGUGUUGCCCUACAUACCAGUGCAUUUGUGAAAUACAUCGUUGUCCUGAAUUCAAAUGUAUGCUAGGCAUGUCUUUGGUGGAGGUAUGGAGCCCAGAGAAGUGCUGCCCCUUUCGGAGAUGUGAAUGUGCAUGUGAAACAAUCCCCAAACCUCAGUGCAAAGUGGGGCAGAAACUUCAGAUAGAUGAACAGUUUCAGAACAGUACAGAAAAUAUCUGUAACUGUGUUAAGUACAAAUGUGUGAGAGACAAAGUUUGCCUGAGUAACGAGAGAGGUGUGCUGCUUCCCGGACAGACAAUUGUGGAGCACAGCGCAGAUGGCAUUUGCCAUAUUUCUCACUGUACAAAUGUGAUUGAUCCCUCCACUAAAUUCUACCGAAUAAACACGUCUUCAGUAGACUGUGCUGUCAAGUGCAAAGCUAACCAAAUCUACCAGCCUCCAAAAGAUUUAACAACUUGCUGUGGUAGCUGUAAGAACUUGUCUUGCCUCCACACUUUCAGCAAUGGCACAGUUUCCAAUUUUAAGCCUGGUGCUGUUUGGAUUUCGAACUGCGUCAGAUACGAAUGCGCUAACACUGCAGCAGGGCCAGUUCUGGUUUCCUCUUCAGUUGGCUGCCCACCCUUUAAUGAAACUGAAUGUGUGAAGGUUGGAGGCUAUGUUCUGCCUUUCUUAGAAGGAUGCUGCAAAACAUGUAAAGAAGAUGGAAAAUUCUGUAAAAAGGUGACUGUUAGGAUGACUAUCCGCAAGAACGACUGCAGGAGUAACACACCAGUGAACAUUGUUUCGUGUGAUGGGAAGUGUCCAUCUGCAAGCAUUUACAACUACAACAUCAACACAUACGCAAGAUUCUGCAAAUGCUGCAGGGAGCUUGGGCUACAGAGACGAACCGUGCAAUUGUAUUGCACCAGUAAUUCGACCUGGGUCAGCUAUUCAAUCCAAGAGCCUACAGAUUGCUCUUGCCAAUGGUCAUAA